AUGGAUUUCAUAGACUAUCAGACAUACGCUAUCUCAACAGAUACCCUACCGAACGCAUCAAACAAUGAUACAUUGCCGGAACCUGUCUCCAGAUUAAACCUCUCCACGGCCACAGCCACAGCCAUCCAACAACAACAACAACAACAACAAGCUACCGACCCAACUGCAUCUUUCGAAAUACCUCAAUUGUUCCAGGAUGAUGUGAAGAAGAAGAAGCAGGCCACGGACCUGCAUGGUAAGAUGACUCAGUAUGCCCAAAAUUCCAUUAAAAAAUUGGAUUCAUUAACAACAGCAACAACAAAACUACCAUCCUCGUCCUCCUCUUCGACGAAUGAAUCAUCGUUACCUGUCCCCAAUGACGCCUCUUCAUCAAUGGAACUAACUAAUGCCAUCCUCUCGAGAAAAUUAUCUUCCAUUUUGAAUGAUUCACCUAUCGCAAACAACAAUACGUACCAAUCCACCAUUCAAAUGCGGUCAUGUUUGAAAUCAUUGGAAUCAGGAAUGAAACUGAAGAAUCUACCCAAUGAGGCCAAAUUGGUAACGCCGGAAUAUGUCGGGACACUGGCGAGAAAGAGUUUGAGGAACGAUCUGGAGAGUCAAUUGUUGAAAGAACAUGUGCUCGUAUUGGAAGAAUUUAGACCCAUUGUGAGACGUAUUAAAAGAUUCACUUCUUCUGUGGACAAGAUAGAAUCUGUUGCGGGGACCAUCCUGAACAAAAAUGAAGGGAACGAUCAUGCAACGUCGAAAGUGUUUGAUGAGGUGGAUCAAUUGAAAAAUCAAAUGGAAUGGCUUAGAUUGAAGAGACAAUUGCUAAUUAAUUUGAAAGAGAAGUUUACAUUGAAUCAAGUGGAGGAUGAUUUGAUUGUGAACAGUCCCAUUAACGCUGAUUUCUUUGUUGUUAUUAAUAAAGUGCUGAAAAUUAAAGAGAAUGCAACUUAUUUAUUGGCAUUGGAGAAUAAUAACGCAGGUUCGUGUUUAAUUACAGAGGUAAAUUCAACUUUACAAUUGAUUAAUAAAAAAAUUUUCAAUUUCUUGGUAGAUUUCAUUUACAAUUUUGAAAAUUCCACAUCAUCUUCCUUCUCCUUCAAGGCAACGAAUAUAAAUGAUAAUGAUGAUAAUUUGAUUAAUUUCCAAAAAAGUUUAGUGUUUUUAUCUAAUGAUUUACCAUAUUUUGACGAAUUUUUGAAAAGAGUGACAAGUAUUAGAUCCAAAAAUGUUCUCGAUGAAUUUCUUUCUCAAUUUGAUACUGCAUCGAAAAAACCAAUAACUAUGCUUGCACAUGAUCCAAUACGUUAUAUUGGUGACGUCCUUGCCUCUGUACAUUCCAUUAUAGCGAACGAGGCAGAUUUCAUUAAAUUACUAUUUAAAUUUCAAGAAAAUGAGGAACAAACAAAAUUAAAUAAUAUGGAACCCAUUUCCAUUGUACAAUCAAAUAUGGAAUUUUUGAAUGGAUUAGAUGUGAAAUUAUUAAAUGAAAUUAUUCAAUCUGUAUCCAACUCAUGCAGAAUUAGAGUAGAGCAAAUUGUCCGAUUUGAGGAAAAUCCAAUCAUUAAUUAUCGAAUUACACAAUUAUUAAAUUUAUACCAAUUGAUGUUUGUUAAUAAAGGUAUCAAUUCCAAUAGUUCAUUAAUUCUCAAUUUGGAAAAAUUACAGGAUAUUUCCAAAGAUAAAAUUAUCGAAUAUUUUGAAAAGUUUAUUGCCAAUGUGAAGGAAAAUUCAUUAUCAAAGGAAAACAAUAAUAAUAAUAAACCAAAGGAUAGAAAGAAAAGUGUGGACACGGGAGAAUUUGGUGAUGACUUAUUGCCACCGGAAUGGUUAUCUGAUUAUUUAAGAGAAUUGGUUGGACUAUUUGAAGAAUAUGAACAAAAUAAUGAUUCCGAUACCACUAACGAAGAUCACGAGAAUAAAUUAAUUAACGUUAGAAACAUGAAAACCCUUGUAGAUGUACCCAUUUUUGAAGUCUUGCUGAAACAAAUUUCAGAAUCCUUCCCACUUGCUAGAAAAAGUGAAGAUAUAAAGAUUUCCAUGUUAACUGUACAAAUCAAUUGUUUUGAUUUGAUCAAAUCAAGAUUACAACCAUUUGCCACAAAUAUUUUCAAAACAAGUACAAAGAUUCAUGAAUCAUGGCAAAAGAUUAGCGAUAACCUAGAUCAAUAUGUGAAACAAAUGGAGGAAUUGCAAGAAAAAUUAUUAUUUGAAAAGACCGGAUUAAGUCUUUACCAUAACUUGUUUAAUAUGAUUUUCCCCAUUGAUUCCGUGCAAGAUGAACUAGAUUAUGACAUGUACAUUUCUCUACUAGAUAAUGCAUUGAUGAAUCUAGAGACGAUUAAUAAUAAUAUCCAUGAAAAAUUAAAUGAAUAUGUGCCACAUGCAUUAACAGACGUCCAAGCCAAUUUAUUAUUUAAAUUGACGUCACCUACCAUUGCAGACAAAAUAUGUGAGAAAUCCUUUGGAAAUUUAUCCAAAUUCUAUUCCAUCUUUAGGGAAAUACUCUUACAUCUUUUCCCUGAUUCUCAAGAUGACAUUUUAAAGAUUUUGAAUUUUUCCAAUACUGAAUUUAACACAUUAGUGGGGAUCUAA